UUCAGAUCCUCCUACUAAGUAGGCUGUGCACUGUGCAGGCAUAAUAUAAAGACAGCAUCCACUAAUCUGACAUUCAGAGCUGGAAUGAUGUGCACAGAACUAACAGAGAAGCAGCGCCUCUACAGUAAAUGGGUAAAGGAGCUGCGUUCAUCCAUGGCUACCCUACUACACAAGGUAGAGCUGGAAUACCAUCUUGUGACUUCUGGUUGGUACAUGAAGAAUACUAAAGCCAGUUCUUUGAAUGAUGUUUUGAGAUGGAAGGAAUCAUUCAGCCAUCUUCUCAGAAGCAAAGAGGGACGCUCCGCUUUCCAUACCUUCUUGCAGACAGAAUUUAGUGAGGAAAACCUGGAGUUCUGGGAGGCCUGUGAAGACUACAAGAAGACUCGUUGGGUUAAAAAACUCCCUAGCAAAGCUCAAGACAUUUUCCAGGAAUUCUUACAGUUCAGCAGUCCCAGAGAGGUCAAUAUUGACCAUCGGACCAGAGAACUUAUUCACAAGAAAAUGGCUGUUCCCUGUAGAAACUGCUUUGACGCAGCACAAGAGCAGAUACGUAUAUUAAUGGAGAAAGACUCCUACCCGCGCUUCCUUAAAUCACCAAUCUACAAUAAGCUGCUGCAACAGUCCCCUCCAAGAACAGUUACAGUGUCCUUCACGUGAGGAGAAACUUUAUCAUAGGAGAAAGUGAUAACGCAUAGGCCCAGAGCUGAAUGAAUAAAUGAGGGUCAGGAGAAUAAAUCAACUGGUACUGAGAGUUACAGUCUGAUACCUGACUAAGGAAACAGAAAAUCCUUGUAACGGGACUGCUUACCAAUAUGCAGUGUAUACUGAACAAAAAUGGACAACAAGUAUGACUGUAUUGUAGAUCAACGGGGUGUCAGCAGCGAAACCCUUUUGCUCUUACUGGUUAAAAUUUUUUAUUACAAAAGCCAUGUACUGUUGAGGCAGCCAAGGACACAUAUUUACAAUGGGGGAAUAUUGUUAUGUAGAGCAGUGGUGCGAUGGACUGCUAAGAUAUGUAUUAUGCUUUAUUGGUUGUAUUCUGAAUGCCAGAUUCGAUUGACUUCUUCCCAUAUAAUGUUGGUGGGUGGGGUUUGGUCAGAUUUUGGCAUAAUGGGUCAUGAUCAGGUACUGUAAGGGGAUGGAUCAUAAAUGCAUGGGAGCAUUUUUUUCCCUGUCCUGUUGGCAGGGCUCAUUGCCUAUGGUGCUUGUGGGCCACAAAUUGGGGCCUUAUGGGUAGGAUGGCCCUGCUAACUUAGUAUGGGGCCACAUAAUAACUGAUGGCGGCCCUGCAUUUUAUUAUUGGCAUGUUCUGAGCUAUAGGAAUGUCAGAGUUGUUCAUGCUGGGUUGUAUGGAGCCAGUCAUAAAAUUACCCAAUAAUGAAAAUAGUCGCUGUAUGCAAUGUUUUACUGGCAAAUUUCCUAAAGGCUUCACCUUUUCCAAGCCAUCCACCCAAACAUUCACAUAUUGCAGGACCCACCAACACACAUUCUUUAGUCCUUUAAAUAGUGUAAUUGUACUUCAGUGUGUGUGCUCCUUGUGGUUAUAGCUUUAUAUGAAACUUUGCACAAAGGGAAGAAUUUAGCAACAGAAGCAGAACUGAGCCUUAAUGUAACUCAGGCCUUGAACAGAUAAAAAGCAAAUACAUAUGAUUUUAGGACUGUUGCAGACUGUGCCCUUUCAUAUUAUGUGGCAAUAGGUAAAAAUAUUUUUUGCAUGUAAAAUGUGAUAUUUUCCAUCCUUAAAGCAACUGCCCACAGCCUGAUGCUACUUCCUGUGUGUGAGAUGGACAUGUGAUCUGAUAGUAUCCCCAAAAUAUAAAAUUAAAAGGUUAUUUUGUUUUUAGCAUUA